GUAACCUUAAUGUUAGUUUGGUGCAUUUCAGUCAUAAAACUCAGCAUACUAGAAGGUUAUAGCCUUAUAGAUACAUCCGUUGUCGAUUUGUUUGACUAAUCCUGCUCUGCUGCAGAUAUGGACAUUGAAAAGUGUCUAACUAACAGCGAGAGCUUAACUAGAGACCCGUUACCUUUUCUAAACGGGGAUGCACAAGUUGCUGGUCAGUUGGUUGAUAUUUCCUCUGCUUUAUACAAACUCUGCAAUGAAAAAAGUAAAUUUUCCUCUAAAAUUAACGCAUUGCCGGAACUGCACACAAAACAGUUUGACGAUGAACAAAUAUGGCAACAGAUUGAGCUUUUUAAUAAUUCAAAUAUUAUAACUUGUACAAGGCAAGUACACAGUUGUAACCGGGACGCUGAAAUCAGUUUAAUUCCGGUGAUCAAACAAAAUGGGGACCAGGAUGCAUCAGAUGUGAGCGCGGAUGAGGAAAGUCAAAGUGACGAAAAUAUGGAAGAAAAUGAUCCAGAGGAAACAGCUGAGGUUGAUGUUGACGCAGAAAGUGGCGUUUCGAUGGAAAAAAUGGAAAAAACUGAAGUUGACGAUAAGUUUUUCAGCCUCCGGCAUAUGGAGAAGAUGUUAAAUAAGCAGGAGACAGAUAACAAACAAGAUGAUAGUGAUGAUGAAAUUGAUCUUUUUGAUGACAUCCCGUCAACAGAUGAAGAGGAAGAGUUUCCAGAUGUUGAAAGCGAUCAAAGUGAGGAUCACGAGGUGGGAAAAGAUGCUGAGGUGAAAAAAUCGGCGAGGGACGUGAAAUAUGACGACUUUUUUCCUGGUUUCGGGGGGAACAGUAACAAAGAUUCAAAUCCUGAAAUAGAGGAAUCAUUUCAAGAUGAGGAAGAAGAGGAAGUUGAAGUGGAGGUGGAAAAGAAGACGCCACAUCAAGCGCAACAAGUUAAAAUGAAGAAGCAAAUCAAGCAGCUUGAGAGUCGAGCGCUGGAGGAAAAAGAUUGGCAAAUGAAGGGAGAAACAACAGCUGAAAAGAGGCCUGUGAACAGUUUGCUUGAAGAAGUUUUAACAUUUGAUAAAGGAGAGAGAACUGCUCCGGAAAUAACCGAUGAACAAACUCGAGAUGUGGAAGAAAUUAUUAAGCAGAGAAUAAAAGAUAAAUCGUGGGAUGAUGUGGAGAGAAAAAUAAAGGAGGUUAAGAACGUUCACGAGUUUAAGAAAAAGGUCGUUUUAGAUUCAGAAAAAUCGAAACAAUCACUCCAAGAUAUAUACGAGAAGGAAUAUAUUGCAAAAACUUCUGGAGCAAAGGAAGAGGAAAAAGAAGACCCAACUCAUGUGGAACUCAAGUCUUUAAUGAAGAAUUUGUUCAAGAAAUUGGAUGCUUUGUCUAACUUCCAUUUCCAUGCGUCUGCCCCCACUCCUGAAAUACAGGUUGUGACGAAUCUUCCCACCAUUGCAAUGGAGGAAGUCCAGCCUGUCUCGCACACUGAUGCCAGUAAAUUGGCUCCGGAAGAAAUUCACAAGAACACGGAGGAAAAAGCGGAAGAAGAAAAAACUUCAACAGAUCGGAAACGAGACAGAAGAAAAAAGAAAGUGCGACAAAAACUUCGUUCCAAAGCUCGCGAAUCGAAGCUACGUUUGUUGGCGGACACCAACGAAAAGUUACAAGCUGUACAAGCCAUUCAAAAACUUGAACAGAGCGCUAAAAUGAAAGGAAGUCAAACCACUAUUAUUAAGGGCAAGAAGGAAGAAGGUUUAACUUCUUCAAAAGCUUUUUUCUCCAAGCUUGAAAUCGUGAAUCAAAAGCAAAUGUUAAAGAAAAAGUCGACCUAGUAUCAUAAGGACGCUUAAACUACACACAAAAUCUCAAAAGGAAUUCAUGUUAAUGAACAAGCUAUGAUCGCUACACCACUCCCAGAGAUUAAUUAUAUAGAAGCCAGUACAAUUGUCUAUU